UCGAUCUGACCCCCCCUCCCUCCUCCUCUCCUCCUCUCUCUCUCUCUCUCUCUCUCUGAAAAAAUACAAAACACAGUCCUUAAGCUUCUUCUCAAAUCUUCUCGGUCUUCUCUGGUUUGAUCUCUUCCAUCAUAUUCUAUAUCUGUAUCUACAUCCAUAUCUAUAUAGUUUACUAGUUCAUUGUUUUAAUUGAUUCUCUCCCUCCCUCCCUCUCCAAUAUAUGUUUAGUUCUGACUUUGACUGAAGACUUCAUUGUAUAUAGAUUGAGCUCUAAACCUCGUUUUGUAUAAAUCUCAUUUUAUAUCUGUUAUAUAAAGAUUUAGUUUUGAAGUUUUUAUGCAGUAAAAGACUUUUCAAAGAAUGAUAUAUUUGAAGCAACCGAGCAAAAUCUAGGAUUUGCAGCGCUGGGUUGACUUUCAAUAUCUUGCGUUGUAUGUUCAUGUAAAAUAGACCGAGCCCGAGGCUCGGGAUCCGAUCCAUGGCGACAGAGAACGAUCAACAGGCUUGGAUCGAAGAUGAGCCCAUUCCGAGCACGGUCUAUUUGCAGAAAUUCAGGCUCUAUGAGACCCGCUCGAAUUUCUAUAUGAUUGGACGGGACAAGAACAGAAGUUUCUGGAGAGUCCUAAAGAUUGACAGAUUAGAGUCUUCUGAGCUAAACAUUCUUGAAGAUUCUACGUCAUACUCAGAAAUUGACUGUUGUGACCUGCUGAAACGAAUAAACGAGGGAAACAAGUCAACAGGCGGACUAAAAUUUGUUACUACUUGUUAUGGAAUUAUUGGGUUCAUAAAGUUUUUGGGACCUUAUUACAUGCUCCUUAUAACUAAAAGAAGGAAGAUCGGCACAAUCUGUGGCCAUGCAGUAUAUACCAUUACCAAGAGCGAGAUGAUACCAAUUCCUAAUUCUACUGUCAGAUCCAAUAUGGCUUUUUCUAAGAAUGAGAACAGAUACAAGAAGCUCCUCUGCACAGUGGAUCUUACAAAGGAUUUCUUUUUUAGCUACUCAUAUCAUGUCAUGCGUAGUCUUCAGAAGAACUUAAGUAAUCAAGAGGCAGGACAGUUCCUUUAUGGAACAAUGUUUGUUUGGAAUGAGUUCUUAACUCGUGGAAUCCGCAACCACCUCAAGAAUACUCUGUGGACAGUUGCAUUAGUAUAUGGCUUCUUUAAACAGGUCAAGUUUUCAAUAUCUGGAAGGGACUUCAAGUUGACCCUCAUUGCUAGACGAUCGCGUCACUAUGCUGGCACCAGAUAUUUAAAACGAGGUGUAAAUGAGAAGGGUCGAGUAGCGAAUGAUGUCGAAACAGAACAGAUUGUGUUUGAAGACGUUCCUGAAGGAUGCCCAAUACAAGUAACUUCCGUUGUGCAGAACCGGGGUUCUAUACCCCUUUUUUGGUCGCAGGAAACGUCACGAUUAAAUAUUAAACCCGACAUCAUAUUGUCAAAGAAGGACAACAAAUACCUGGCCACUAGACUUCACUUCGAGAAUCUUGUCAAGAGAUAUGGAAACCCAAUCAUUAUAUUGAAUUUGAUUAAGACUCGUGAGAAGAAACCACGAGAAUCUAUUCUACGUGCGGAGUUUGCCAAUGCUAUUGAUUUUAUUAAUAGAGAUUUACCUGAGGAGAAUCGCUUGAAGUUCCUUCACUGGGAUCUAAAUAAAUACUCUAGAAACAAAGCUACAAAUGCGUUGGAACUUUUAAGCAAAGUGGCUGCCUACGCCCUAAACUUAACAGGAUUCUUUUAUUGUCAUGUACCACAGACAGCUCGGACAAAUGGAUUGUCAAACUGGUCCCACUUUGAGAAAAAUGAAAUCUGCACUCUACAAAACUGCGAUAAGAACAAGGAUGCCGACAACUUGGAAACAGAAGUCAGUGGUAGUAGCAGUGAUGUCAGCACUGAUCAGUCUAUCAAGUCUCCAAAGUUUCAGAAAGGGGUCCUUAGGACCAAUUGCAUAGAUUGUUUAGAUCGCACAAAUGUUGCGCAAUAUGCUUAUGGAUUGGUUGCUCUUGGUUAUCAGCUACAUGCUUUAGGAUUUCUAGAUGUCCCAAAUAUCGAUUUAGAUUCCUCUUUGGCGGAUGAUUUAAUGAGGGUUUAUGAGACAAUGGGUGACACCCUUGCACUACAAUAUGGUGGAUCUGCGGCACACAAUAAGAUAUUCUCUGAGAGAAGGGGUCAAUGGAAAGCAGCAACCCAGUCCCAGGAGUUAUUUAGAACUCUACAGCGGUUCUACAGUAAUGCCUACAUGGAUGCUGAGAAACAAGAUGCCAUUAAUGUGUUUUUGGGGCAUUUCCAGCCACAACAGGGUAAACCGGCACUGUGGGAACUGGAUUCAGAUCAGCAUUACAGUGUUGGAAGGCACAGUUUUAAUUUUGCAGAAGAAAAUGCGAGGUCAUUUAUUAAGAGGUCACUAUCCGAUGGCAAUAUUCUUUGUGAAAGCAACUCAUCUAUUGAAGCAACAAAUGCUGGACAGAAUGAAUAUUCCGAUCAGCUUUUGCCUGAGAAGUUGCAUGGUGGUAACAAGGGUAUUUCGGAGUCCACGCCAGAAAUAUCUACUUGUGAAAGUGAUAUAUCUUAUUCCAGGUAUACCCCCUCAAUGUCUCGCAGGCAGCUUUUCUCAGAUGCACAACUGGACCAGUGUGAAACCGAUCACAUUUUUUUCAAUCAAUGCCGAGAUUCAUUCAACUGCUCAAAUUUUCUUGAUGUAGACUGGAUUUCUUCAUCUGGAAAUUCAUGUGAAGAAGAAACAUAUGAUAGAUCUUCGCUCGUGUGCUCUCCUAUUGCUGGUCUCUCAUCAGAUAGUUUUCUAAACGGACUUAAAGGGGAAACAGGACCUUCUGCAUGUGAGCCUGGAUCCAGUAUGAAAGAAAGGGAGCAAAAUGGGACGGAACUCACUCACGGUGCUGCAAAGAAUUCUGAUGUUCUCACCCAGUAUUCUGAGAGCUUCAUUCAUUGGGUAAAUCAUGGAGAGAUGCUAUUCCCAUGAAAACUUCGCUCAAGUUAUUUUAUAGAAAUCAAUAUUCAUUGUCCUCUUUAUCUGAUUCAAUCAACCCAUCCGAAGGAUGUGGGUUUCCCAACAAGAAUAAAUGGCAGGAGAUCAACAGUAUAUUAUUUUUUAACCCAAAAAAAAAGAAAAAAAAGAAAAAAAAGGAAGAAAAAAAGAAGAAAGAAGAAAGAAGAGGAAGAAGGAAAGGAAAAUUUUGUCUCUUGGAAGAUUGAUCCCACUAAACAUAGAUAUGCUCAGGUCAUUUAAAGUUUGCAGCAUAUUUCUGACCGGAAAAUCCUUCAUCUGAGAACAAUACAAGAAGUACAAAGAGUAAAUAGCGGCAGUUAUUUUUUCGGGGCUCUCGGUUCCUCUUUCAGGUUGUAGAGAUGCUGAAGUUUUUGAUCUUGUAAAUAUUCUUCAAACAUAUAUUCUGAAAUUCUUAGCUCCAUUUGGCAGAUUUAUUUUAGAAUUUUCUUGCAA